AUGUACCCAAUUAAUCAGCAAUUCGUACAACCAGGAAAUUAUCCUCCUGGUUAUAUUUAUCCUCAGCCUAACUCAUACCCUGGAAAUUCUGGAGCAGCUCAAACAGAGAUAAAUAAUUCAUCGGCUUACUCAUAUCCAGUUCCAAGUCCACCUCCACAAGGAUAUAAUAAUCCAGGAGCUUAUCCUCCCCAAAAUUUGUAUGGAGUAGCUCAAGGGUAUAAUGAACCCAAUGCCAAUCCAAAUUUUCAAGCAAACGUAACUGAAAUUAAGGAAGAAAAUUUGCUGAAGCAGCCAUUAUAA